AUGCCAUUAGAUUCCUCCCGUAGCCUCUCUUUCCCUCUCUCUUGCUCGGUACGCAGACAGUCUUCGUUUCCUUGCUUGGUUUUGUCAGAAAGUGGGGGAAAAGGCGUUACGAUCGAUCACCUUCGAGCUUCUCGUGAAUCCGCGCAUGCGCAUAAUAAAGUCGCCUCCUUUUUUAAUUGUGUUGUGUCUCGUGCGCUUUUGUCGUCUCCCCCCACAUCUCUUUACGACGAGCUUGUAUACACCUGUGGACGAGUCGACAUGUCGAAACUCAACGACUUGGACAACGCGGAUGGCGGCAUCCCGUUCCCUCCGUCCCGCCUCCUCCUCCACGACCACGUCCAGAUGUACUACUCAUUCUGCCGAGCAGCUCCGGAAGACGUCCUCAGCUGCGUUACCGGCACCCCGCGGCCCCUCGUUCUCCUCUUAGCCCCAGGCGACACACGUUCCCUCCUAUACACCCUCUACCGAAAUUUCGACCCCGAGUUUCGCGGGCGUUUCGAGGGGGCCGAUUUUUUAAUGAUCGAGAACUGGUCUUUGCUCCAGGCGCGGGAUAUUCUGAUGCUCCACCUCUGCUUGCAGCUGCCCCACAAGAUUGAAAACGAGGAGGGACGCCUGCUGUGCGCUGCCAUCUGGGCCAUCUUCUACUCCGUCACGCUCCGUCCUCCUCACGUCCGUGUCUUGAAAGACGCCGUCACAGCUCUCUCGCAAUUCACCUCCUCUCUUGAGGCCUGGGCUUCCCCAGAAAACCCUCUGGGGAAGAUUGUCAAGUUCAGAAACCAGGAAACGUUCACAGCCGUAGCCGGACACUGGCGGCGUUGGUCAGAGGACAAGCCAAAUCAUGUGCCCUAUCUUGAAUUCCAGCAGGAACUGCGCUUCUCUUUUCUGAGCAAGAAAUCUCUCUUCAACGACCUGAACGGCUACACUGAGCAGUGUGUCACCUACCUGCUGGGGCUGUGCUCGGACUCUGUUCCUAUGAAAACCCAGCAGCAAAUGCGCGAGGAGUUCUCCGCGUUUCUCCAGAAGGGCGUGACAUUUGCCGAAGACAUGCUCCAGCUCCCAGUGGGGGAGGACUGGGAGACCACGCCCAACGUCACCUUGUAUGACGGCACCUCCCACACCAAAAUUCACAACCCGUUCUACGCACUAGUUCCGUUUCUUGGGUUCUUCCACUCGCUCCUCUUCUCCCCGAGCGGCUGUCGGGACGGGAACAUUCCCCGAUCCCUCUGCGACAAGCUCCCAGUGACUGAUGAUAAGUUUGAGAGCCAGCCCAUCCUUGCCAACUGCAUCCAGCAGCUCAUUUUGUGGCUCUCUGCCUCCUCACGUGCCCUCCGUAAAUUCACAGUCCAGGCUUCUCCCUGCAUGACUUUCACAUUCGAGUGCUCGGAUCCCAUCUCCCUUUGUCUGCGCGUCCAGCGGAAUCCCGAACUGUACACCUCGUCUCUCGGGGUAGACCCUUCGUUUGACCUCGUCCACUCGUUUGAGUGCGUGGAUGGAGUUUCACCUCCCGAUCUAGUCUUCCAAGCUGUGCCUCUCCUCAAGGACGAUCGAUGCCUCAUUGUCAAAACGGUCGACCACCGCUCCGUGGGAUCGAGUAUGGAGAGCUACCUGGGGUCCCUGUUUGGGCUACACCCACAAAUUUUCCCCGUCAUGUUUGGGUUUAGGAGCGUCUCGGUCGACGGGUCGUUUUCUGACUGCACGGUCGUACGCCACUCCGCCUGGAACCAGGAGCACCGACACAAGAGUUACGACGUCCGAACACUCGUGUUCCAGCGCGUCCUCUCCACUCCCUACGUGAUUGAAAACCUGGAGGACAUAGAUUUCGCACCGAAGGCCCUGGUGAGCGUCAUCCACGGAGCCACCUACAACUUCCCCGUGAACCGCUUUGCCCACAUGAUGAGCAUGGAAACGGUGAUCGCGGGGAUUCUGGCGUUCGUGUCGCAGAUGGAGGAAGACACUCCCGUUCACAGGUGGCAGUUCUGGGACGAUUUUGUCCAGCUGGUCAAAGUGGAGUCUACUCUCGAACCUUUUCUCCACCACCUCCAGACGGUUUCAAUGCUCCACGGGCUGCAUCUGCACGUGACGGUAACGGAGAGGGACUGCCCCGUGUGUCGCUACCGGCCCCUCUCCUCCUACCUCUCUUUCUUCAGCCUCAAGAUCGAGGACCCCGUCAUGGUGCCCCACAUGACCAUCGGGCUCUUCAUACACCGAGACACCCACAACGUGGACAAUAUCCUCGUCGAGAAGAAGGAAACGUACUUCAUCCACGCUCUGGCUCUGCGACAAGACGAAGACGGGCAGUUCUUUGUCGACUUCUACUUCCCAAAGCUCUUUGUCGACGACUCGUACAAGUUGACGCUGGUCAAGUUCUCGGAGGAGAACAUGAUGGGACAGUUGGUCCAGGUCCCCGUAGUUCUCUACCAGGGACUCCUGAAGGACUGCGUGGAGGAGGUCUCUCGCUACUCCUUUUAUCCGCUCCCCAAACGCCGCCCGUCCAUGUUGUCAGCCUUUGGCAAGAUGCGGGUGCACGUGGCCGGAUGCGAGAAGGUUAAAUCCAUCAUCGACAUCCCUCCGAACCUGGUGUACCGUCUGGACUGCAACAACCUGAUGGUCGACAGCAACCAGGCCACCCAGAUGCACCUGUGCCUCAAGGUCAACGAGUACUGUAGGUACGACAUCUACUUCCCCUACCCUGUCGUCUUCUCGGAGAUGAAGGUGGAGUUCCAUUGCAGGGAGGACACCGUGACGAUCACAGCUCGUCGGGACUACUACUCCUAUCGCAAAGUGUCCCCCCUCUUUUUAGUGACCCCCACAAACCGCCUGUUCCUCCCCGCGGCCCCCGUGGACCCGCCCCCCUCCCGCAACUACCUCGCUCUCCAGUUGAGCCCGCUGGAAGAAGAUACUCUCGCUAGGAGACCGAUGAAGUUGGUCCCACCCAUCAUUAAACUCAAAUACAUCCUGCGAGAUCUCUUCAAGCUGGCCUCCUCACGCUGCCGUUUCGUCCACGUGCACACCACGAAAGAUAACUCGGAGCUGUCGGGAAUGAUAGUCAUCCAUGACGAGGUCGUGGAUCUCGACACUCGAUCCCCGGCCAUCGAUCUCUCCUUCUGUUUCCUCAAAGACGGAGAAGAUAAGCAUGACCUCGUAGCUGCCUGGGGCAAAAUAUCCGCCGAUCACAUGGCCCGCACGCUCUUUGUCCCACAUGAAAAUCUCGAACACGUCACAAAGAUGUUUGAAUACUAUGCGAGACGAACGCACACCGUCUACACCGAAAACAAUCGCACGAGCCUGUGUCGCAUCAAAGUCCUCCGGAAGAACAACAUCGAGGUUUUCUUCACGCGAGCCGUUGUGUUUCCGAUGUAUGCCAGCCCAGACCAGCAGAUCGACGAGGAGUCGUCUGAAGACGAUCAAGUUGACGCAGAGAUCAGGAGAAUCCCGCACUUCAUGUCCAGUGUCACUUCCCGUGGCGGCGUCCCCAUCAACGAUGAGGUCAAGAAGGUCAUCGAGGCCCUCAGCCCGUCCAGGAAGAACUCGGAGGAGAGGAGGAGGGGAGCGACGCAAGUCUCUCUCACCACUCAGGCGGCCGAGUCUGCCAUAGUCAACACACUCUUUGAAGCCAUCAGAGACGCCCAGAGUUAUAAUGGAAGCACUUUAUUCCACCUGUUUGCCGGGCUUCCAUCCGGUACGACCGUGGGCUCUGGGGGGAAUUCCCUGACUAUUACCAGGGAGGAGAGACUAUUGACGACCGAGUAUCAUAUCCAUGAGACCACUGGUGGUGCUGCAGCCAAGCCAACACCGAAACCAAGGGAACCGAAAGAGUCCAGAGAAAAACUGAGGGAAAAGAUGAGGGAGAAGAUGAGAGCCAGAGAGAAGGUCAGAGUGAGGUCCGCCACGGUGAAGGAGGAGAAAACCAAGGUAAAGAAACCAGCUGCAAACACAAGUCAGCGCAAGAAGACUGAUGCGGUGAAGACGGAAACGAAACCGUUGAGAAAGGAACCAUCAAAAAAAGAUGGAGUAAUGCCCCCCAGCAGAGAAGAUGGAGUAAUGCCCCCCAGAAGAGAAGCAAAGCCCCCAUCAACAGGAGAAGUAAAACCAAAAGUAAAACCGUCAACAAACGGAGCAAAACCAUCGACAAAAGGCACUAAACCUUUGAUGGAAGAUGAAGCAGAGCUGGUGACGAAGAAGCAAGAGAGGAAGGCGAGCGAAGUGAAACCAGCGCCACUGAAGAAGCCUCUGACAAGUGUUUCACGGAACGAGGAGAAAGAGAGUGGGAGAGAGGAGAGCGGGAGAAAGACCGACGCAGUCAACAGCGGAGCUCUGGGCGAGGAUGAUGACAGUGGGGGAGGCAAGCAUAAGCACAAAGCGGAGGGGACGAGGUUGAAGGGCAAGUGCACCAAUUGUGGAAAGUCCACCGGACACAUGAAGAAGUGUGCUAGCUGUGGGAGGCCACGCUACUGCAGCCGGGAGUGCCAGAAACAGCACUGGAAGGUACACAAGCCAGACUGCAUCGCAGAGGACAAGACAGCAGAGAGGGAAGGAGGGAGGGAGGGGGAGGAGCCUGCUACCAGGAAGCAAGACGUUCCUCGACCUCUGCAAGAGAAGCCAACCGGUGUACAGGAAAAGCAGAUGACCGCCGUAGCUGUUCCAGGAGUGCUGAAAUGCACAACUUGUGGCAGGAAUUCAGAUUACCUGAAGAGGUGCAAGUGUGUCCAGGUGUUCUACUGCGACAUAGAAUGCCAGCGCAAGGACUGGCCUCACCAUAAACUGACCUGCUCCGCUGCUCCGGGGAAGAAGGCGGGGCUAGCUUUCUGCAGAGCUGUUUCACAGCUGGCCGCAAGGGCUCAUCACCCAGAGGCCGGAGUUAGAGGGAUCGCAAUGCAGGAACCAAACUCUUCAGCCAUACCGUAUAACUUCACCGUCAGCGCUCAUGCCUUUUGCAACAUGAGCACCUGUUCCAUCGCGCCGACAGAGGUGGACAAGAGGGAUGCCAUUACUGUAGUCAGGGUCCUGGUGUCCCUUAUGAGCAUCUUUGGUUCCCUCUCCAUCAUUGUCUCCAUCUUAUGGAGGAGGAUUCUAUGCAGUCCAAAGAUAGUACAAUGUGUGACUGUGGUCCUGACUGUGACAUAUGCAGUGGUGGCUUAUAGAGUUCUGAAAAGACAGGAACUAUCUGACAUGUUGGCUGGUGGCAGUGAGACUGUAAGGGCCUGGGCUCCUUGGAAGAUGACUCUGCUUUACAUGAUGGCCUGGUUUCUGCCGGCAGCAUCAGUGCUCAUAAUAUUUGGCAUAGUGGCCUCGAGAUACAGUCUGGUAGAGAAAGCCACGGAUUGCAGCUGCUGGUGUCUCCCUUUCUUCAUAAACAUUGUCCCCGUGGCUUACCCAAAAUAUGAGGUUACUAUUGAUCUCCUGAAGGCAUCGGGCCUGUAUUUCUACCACACCAAGAUGGUGGUGCUGGCCAGCUCAGUGAUUCUGCUAAUUGUCUACUUCUUUGGGUUUGCUACACUGGUCAUCAUGUACUGGAAGAUCCUACGCCACAUCCGCAGACUACGAGAAUCUGCUAAGUCGCCAACAUCUCCCACCGUGUAUGGAUCAGUUGGAGAGCUCCUGAUGAAAGGACACUCGCAGGCAAAGAAGAGAGUCUUGUGCUUCCUCUCUGCCUUUGUCAUCACUGGACUAGCUAACGUGGUGCUGUGUGCGAUAUUUGUGGCAUUUGAGGCAGGGGAAAUACACAGAGGACCUCCUGAGGGACCAGAGGAGACGAUAGGUAGUGGACACAAGCAAAAAGACAACAUGGACCUGCCAAGGAUUCUUGUGUACUCUGCACAGUCACUGACUGCUCCCCUGCAAGGCUUUGUCAAUGCCCUGGUCUACGGUUGGACCAGAGAUGACUUCGUGAAAAGUGGAGUGACCGCCUAUGGCGAGUUGGACUCCGUGGCUGCCGUCAGGAUAGUAAUAUCCUGCCUCAGGCUCCUGCCAAUGGUCCUAGUGAUGCUGCUGUUUGCUGUGGUUGUGACAGACACUGAUCUUCUGCAAGACGUGAACAACUGCAGUUGCUGGUGUAGACCCUCUCUCGGGAACAUCAUCCCCAGUGCCAAAGGCAGAGAUCCCGCGACAAUUGAGUUCAGGGGAAACAUGAGAAAGUUGGUUGUUGCAUUUGCAGCAGUGAUUGGGACCCACUUUCUGGCAGGAUUCAUCAUUCUCAUAAUCGUCUAUGGAUUAAUGAUAAGGACGAUCCGUAGAAUGAGGGAAAGAAAUGCUACACGAGGUCAGGGUGCUACGGGUAACUAUGGUGCAGUGGGUCACGCACUAACAGAGCCUGUACUGGAGCGAGCAGAGUUUCAGGCAAAGAGAAGAGUCACCUACUUCUUGAUAGUCUUUAUGGUGACUGGAUUCUUCAACCUCAUUCUCUGUGUCGAGCUGAUGUUUUUUGACAUAGUGAAUUUGGGCAAAGGGGAGCACCAAAGUCCGGCCGUACACGAAAAUCGAGCCAGGGCUGAGAAAAUCUAUUACGUCACGCUCUGUUUGCAGACUGCCGUGUGGGACACCAUUGCAAGUCUGAGGAUGAUCAUUUCGUGUCUCAGCCUACUGGGCGCAUCAUCAAUCAUCGGUUCCGCCAUCAAGAAGAGAGAAGUCGGGCACCCCAAGGUCCUACCAAUCUUCUCUCUGGCUGUGGCUGACCUUGGUCUGGCACUGCUGUGGAUAAUUGGAGGGGCACUGUGGCUGCGAGGGGUCGAGAAUCGCCAAUUCUGUUUCAUUGUCUCUCUCCUUACAGUGGUAGGUCAACCUGACAGUGGUGUAUGCCUCUGUCUCCUACUCAUAAUCAAGAAGACUGACCUGUCUGGCCUGCUGGCAUAUAUGGACCCUGAUUCCACAUAUGGAUGGUCCAAAAUCAAGACAGUGCUGGUUUACUCUAUUGCCUGGUGUCUCCCGGCAGUGAUUGUAUUGGGAUUGUUUGGAGUUGUUGCAGGGAGUACUAAUAUCCUCCAGAACGCUGACAUAUGCAGCUGCUGGUGUGCUCCAGUUCUCAGCAACGUUAUGCCUUACGCCGUCCACAUACAACAAGGGACGGCUGAGUUUGUUCACAACGUGAGGAAGCUGUUAGUGGCGUAUGGUGCGGUGAUCACCACACAUUUCCUGGUGGGACUAGUGGCCUUGGUGACCAUCUACCACAAGUGCCUCAAACGGAUCAGACAACUCAAGAAUAACUAUGACCCCAGUAAAACCUGCUGUACUUACGGCAGUGAGGGGAGGGGCCAGAGGUGGGCUCUUAUUAGCAAAGGAGAGUCGAAGGCUCGGAAAAGAGUUUUCUGUUUCCUGACGGCUUUCAUUCUCAGUGGAUUCUUCAAUUUCAUCUUCACAAUUGGAGUGAUGGCACACGAGAUAGACAAGCUGCGUACCCAGGAAACCCUGGAGAAAGGGAAGGGGCUAUCUUUCAAGGCGUUCUACAUGGUGUUUGCCACACUCCAGGCUCUCUCAAUCACACAGCAGGGGUUCCUGAAUGCGAUUGUGUACGGCUGGACCAGAGAGAAUUUCCUACACAUUAUGGCAUUCAGUGGUGGCAGCAGCAGUUUCGGCAACGUUCAAAGACUGAUGUUGACGCACGGAGAAGGAGACAGUAGGACUGCCAGCGGGGAACUGGGGGAAACAUGGGCUGUUUUCAACAGAGAAGAGGAGGAGGAGGAGGAGGAGGAGGAGAAAGAAGAAGAGGAACGGGGAAAAUGGACACCAACUCAGACGCAGUCCUUGACUCCUGCCCUUACACACAAACUCUUUUAAAAUCUACUUCUAGCUAGAGUUGACGUCAAAUGAAUGAAUUUUUUUAAAUUGGUGUCUCAGACAUUAGAAACAAGGCGACAGACAAAGUUGGGAUCUAUUCAUACGUCCCUGAGAGAAGUUCUGGUGUGUCCCUCUCCAUCUUGUCGCAGUUUGUGCCGUGUUCUCUGUCGGUCUCCUCGGUGUGUGAGCAGUGGGAGCUGAUGCUGGUAGAGAUGGCCAUCACCUGGAGAAAGUCUCCUCUGGUCCAGCCGUAGACUAUGGCGUUCAGGAACCCUUGCAGAGGCACUGUCACUGACUGCAUAGGAAAAUCAGUUUUGAGCUCUUCAAAUGGAAUGUGCAGUCGUGAAAAGUAAUAAAGUGUAGUUUGGUCACAAUGCAUUCAUCACAGCAUUCAUCUAUUGAAAACAAAUUCUGAC